CGGUGUGUUGUUGCCUCUUAGUCGAGUGUCAGACGAGUUCAACCAACUUUAAACAUAUGUGUAGUUGUGUAUUUGUUAGACGAACUCACUCAACCUCUUUUAGUAGGGUAACAUUUCCAAAUCAGUUCAGGAUUUUACUGUGCCAAGCGGUGCUGUACGUUCUUCUUGUUAUUGUCAGCCAUGUCAAGCUAAACAGACACUUAAACAUAACCGGAAAUGCACUGUUCUGGAUUUCAUCGUAAAAUACACCACAACACACCUGGGGGUAGGCGUUUUAUUCUGAAAAUUCAAAAAGUUGGCUGAACGUCCUAAUUGUUGUUGUGCCCUACUUGACGCUGGUACAGCCACUAGUUGCACGCAUUUUGAUACGUUGUAUUUUUCUUACAUUGUAUAUUGUAAGUGGCCUUGAGGCAUCUGGUUGUACUCGUACUUUGACAGGUCUUUUUUGUAGUCGACACGGAUAACAUGUUUGACGCAUGUGUUGUUUUGUAGUGGGCUUUCAGAAAGAGUUGUCGUUAGGCCUGUGCGGGUUAUUUCCAUCACUGCUAACAAGUCCCUAAACAGAAAUGUCACUAGAGGACUAUGAAAGACAUUUCGACUCGCUAAAUUCAGAUUUGGGCGGCGGGUCUGUGGUCAGUGAGCGAUCAGCGUUGGGCACAUUUAAUGGCGAAGAGGAAAAGUUGCACUACAUUCCUAUCCGGAUCCUCGGGAGAGGGGCGUUUGGUGAAGCAACUCUGUACAGAAGAACGGAGGACAACUCUCUGGUGGUAUGGAAAGAGGUGGAGCUAAACUCGCUCUCAGAAAAGGAGCGCAGAGAUGUCAUGAAUGAAAUCAGCAUCCUCUCCAUCCUGGAGCACAACAACAUCAUAGCCUACUUCAACCACUUCAUGGAUAAAAACACUCUGCUUAUUGAGUUGGAGUAUUGCAAUGGAGGAAAUCUGUAUGAUAAAAUCAACCAACAGAAGGGGAAACUUUUCACUGAGGAGGUGGUCAUAUGGUACCUGUACCAAAUUGCCUCAGCAGUGGCCCACAUUCACAAGGCAGGGAUAUUACACAGAGAUAUCAAAACUCUGAACAUUUUCCUGACCAAGACUGACCUCAUCAAGCUGGGUGACUAUGGCCUUGCAAAGAAGCUAGACUCUGAGUUUUCAAUGGCAGAGACUUGUGUGGGAACUCCAUAUUACAUGUCACCUGAAUUGUGCCAGGGAGCGAAGUACAACUUCAAAUCAGACAUCUGGGCCAUGGGUUGUGUACUUUUUGAAGUCUUAACUCUUACAAGAACAUUUGAUGCAACGAACCCUUUGAACCUCUGUGUGAAAAUAGUCCAGGGCAACUGGACAAUGGAAGUGAACUCAGAUGUUUAUUCGUCCGCACUGAUCAAGCUGGUGUAUGAGUGCCUCGAUCAAGAUCCUGUAAAGAGGCCUACAGCUGAGCAAAUUCUGGACCAGCCGUACAUCUCUUGCUGCCGACAGGAGCUUGAAGAGCGUGUUGCCCUGCUGAAUUCAGCGAUGAAGAAACCUAAGCUGAGUACAGUGACAGAAACUCCUGUUGCCGUGGUGACCACACGCUCAAGGGAGGUGUACUUCUGGGGGGGAGGGAAGUUCACCCCCCAAAAACUGGACACGUUUAAAGGAGGCAGCAGUGCCCAACAUGUGUGUGCAGGAGAGAGUCACUUUGCAGUGGUGACAGUGGAAAAGGAGCUCUACACUUGGGCUAAUGUCCAAGGUGGAGCAAAGAUGGUGGGCCAGCUGGGACAUGGAGACCAGGCCUCGUACCGGCAGCCAAAGAGGGUGGAGAAGCUUCAGGGGAAGGCCAUCCGACAGGUGGCAUGCGGGGCUGACUUCACUGCCUGUGUCACCGAUGAGGACCAGAUGUACAUGUUUGGGUCAGACUAUUAUGGGUGCAUUGGAGUGGAAGGCGAGCACGGCAUUGAGAUUUUGGAGCCAGUGCUUUUGGAGUUUUUUGAGGAGCGGCCUGUCCAUCAGGUUUCGUGUGGGGACAACCAUGUGGUGGUCCUGACUCAGAGUGGGGAAAUCUACUCCUGGGGCUGCGGAGAGUAUGGGCGUCUUGGCCUGGAAUGUGAGGAUGACUUCUCUUCUCCGAUGCAAGUGGAGAUCCCUAAAGGUGCCAUCAUCUCCUCAGUGUCAUGUAGCAGCGAUGGAACCUUCUAUUUGACAGAAACCGGCAAAGUCCUAGCAUGUGGAAACAAUGAAUUCAACAAGCUUGGCCUGAACCAGGGAAUCUCUGGUCUCAAAAACCAUCCCGGAGAGGGUUACCAGGGGAUCCCGUACAUCACCACACUGACCUUGGUAAAGCAGCUGUCACGAUACACGAUCCAGGCCAUAUCUCCAGGGAAGACCCAUACAGCUGCAAUUGAUGAACGUGGUCGUCUGAUCACCUUUGGUUGCAACAAGUAUGGACAGCUGGGUGUAAAGGACUUUAAGAAACAUCAUGGUGUCCAAGUCCUUGUUGGACCCUUUGGAGGGAAGAUAGUGACUAAAGUGUCCUGUGGAGAUGGCUUCACCAUUGCAGCCACUGAAGACAAUCAGAUCUUUGCAUGGGGAAACGCAGGAAACGGGCGACUUGGAAUGCCCCAUGAAAAGGGAUUUGGCUCUGAGGUUUGCCCUGCCAUGCCAAGACCAAUCUUUGGUUCCCUCCAUCAUGUGCCAGACCUCUCUUGCUGUGGCUGGCACACCAUUAUCAUAAUGGAGAAAGUACUCAACUCCAAGACUAUUCGCUCUAACAGCAGUGGACUAUCAGUUGGUAGUGCACUGGGCCAGGAGGCGUCUACAUCCACAGUGGAUCUGGACAUAGAACCUGGUGCAGCAACAGAGUACCGUGACAGGGUUCUUGGGGGUACACGGGAGGUUAAUACAGAGGAGUGCCUCAUGGAGACCCCGAUGAUGUCAAUGACAAAUCAGACUGGGGACAGCUCCUGCCCUCUCUGGCUUAGAAAGGAGCUUGAGGACGCAGAGUUCAUCCCAAUGCCAGAAGAGUCUGAGCCAUCCACUCCUGACCAGCUCUCUUCUUUCUCCGACAGCGUCACUCUACCUUAUGAGGAGCUAAAAGAGCUGAAGGCUGCGGCAGCAGCUGUCAGCAGUAAGAAAGACCUAUCGACUAAACGAAUGAGCUGUGAUAACAUGAAUGGACAUGAUGUGGGUCGCAUCUGCAAAAAAGGAGAAUCAGGUGUAUGCUGCAGUGCUAGUUGGGAGGUCACACAGCUGCGAGAGACAGUCGCUCAUCAAGAGAUGAGAAUCCAGAUGCUCGAGAAGCAAGUCAGUGAGCAGCAGAGGGAGAAUGAGAGGCUUUGGGCGGCAAUUAAUUGUUCAGCGCUACGGGAAUCAGGAUGUGACAGUAACGGAAACCAUCACUCGGAUCGUAUGCCCGGGGAUGGAGGAGGAGGAAGGGGAGGCGGAUUCACAAACCAUGGGAGCAGAUCUGCAGGGGCCAGUGUGUGAGCAGCAACCUGUAGAUUUCAAGAUCAUGGGAGAAGUGUCACAAUUCAUAGCACAUAUUGAAUUUACAAGCUGGUUAAGUGGGAAGUGGUGGUUCGGUUAGAGGUGCAGAAGAGUGCAUCCUCAUGCCCACUCACAAUGGUUACAUUACAGUAUACGUGUUUGGCUGAGUGCUUAAGUUGCAUGAUUACAUUUAAAUGCACAUGUUAUACUGUAUGAUACCUUGCGCACUCUCAUAUGCACACUUGUGUUCACCUGGGUGCAGUGAUCUGGCUAGUUUCUCCACAGACUGAAAUGUUGGCUGGAUUCAACAUGAAGCAUUGGACCUUGACACCUGCGAGAGACAGUCUUAUCAUAGUGUUACUCUGCAAUGUGAAUGUUAAGUCCAUGUGUUGGUGGUAUUAUUGUUGACUUUUAAUGAUGUCAACAUUGAGGCUUCAGUCCUUCGUGCCUUGGAUAUUAGUAUUUAUCAUGUAACAGGUAAGACCAGCUCAUGCGAAUAGGAAACCAUUUGCUGAUUCAUCCAUUAAGGUUUUAAGGUUUCCUUUUUCUUCAACUGUCUGGAUUGGUAGCCGGUAUGUUGUCCAUACUUAAUGUUGGCACAGUCUUUUAAUGUGAAAACAUAGCUUUCUUAAAUGUCACUUUACUGGUGAUAAUUUCAAUUACCUUCACCAAGGAGGUUAUGUUUUCACCUGUGUCUGUUUAUUUGUCAGAAAGUUACGCAAAAAGUACUCAACUGAUUUGCUCUGAACUUGGUGGAGGGAUGGGGCAUGGGCCAGGAAUGAGCCCAUUAAAUUAUGUGGCAGAUCUGGAUCAUUUACUCUGAAUUUUAAUUUUUUUCUCUCUCUGAAGUCUGGUGUAUGGAGGUCUGUCUUGGAGGUCUCUCUGAGUGCUCUUCUGGAUUCAUCUGUUAUUCUCAAAAGGUUAAAGUGCCUAAAACAAUAUAGUCUCUAUACUUUGUCAUAUUUACCAGACACAUUAGCUAUUAUAAAUUUAUUCUAGUUAUCUCAUGCAAAUAUAUACUGUUUAAAUUUGCAAGUUCUAUUGUCAUAUAAAGAGCAUUUGUGUGAAACACAAAACUACUGAUUCAUUUUUUAACAAGUAGGUUACUUUUUCUUAUUGCCUUCUUUGACUCUUGAAUUCUUGUUGGCACCGCACAUGUUGGUCUAUAUAUCUAUAUGUAUGAACACUUGAACAGUUUUCUUAGAAUGUGGAAAACGUGGAAUUUAAAGCAUUUAUGAAUUAGCUGACCUUGCAGCUCUAAUGUUCUUUUCUUAUUGUGUUUUUUAACUAUUUUAUCUGUCUUUGGUACUUUCAGAAAUGUUUUUAAAAAAUGCAUUAUUUGUG